GGGGCCGUCCUUCGAACCUUGCCCGCUGCUUAAAAAGCGCAGCGCCUUUUCUACCGCCUCCUCCCAGGCGCAAGCCCGGCCCUAGGAUAUUGGCCUUAAAGGGGAACCCGAAGCCACGCUUCCUGCUUUUCUCUCCUUUUUCCUCACCUGAAGUCCGUCUGCGCAAAAUGUUCAGGUGCGGCCUGGCCUGCUGGAGGUGCAGAUGGAUCUUGCCCCUUCUCUUGGGUAUAGCCAUCAUCUUUGGCAUCAUUGCACUGGCUGGCAAGGGAUGGCUGGAGUCGGCCGAAGCCCCCUACGUGCGUAAAGCCUGGUUGUGGCAAGACUGUCGCAAAGAAAACCCCGAGGAUGGGAAGUGGAUCUGCAAUUCUCUCAUGGAUUACAGUUGGGGCAGAGCUGCUGCUGCUACAUACCUUGUUGGUUUUGUCAUCCUCUGCAUCUGUUUCUGCCUAGCAGUCAUAGCAUUUUCCAUUGAAAUCCUACGGUUUAACUUUGUUCGAGGAAUCGGUGGCUUGCUCUUCGUUGUUGCUGCUUUCCAGAUCUUAGGCUUGGUCAUCUAUCCAGUGAAAUACACUGAAGAUAUUAUAUUGACGGGAAGCAACAUGUUCAGCUGGGCUUAUGGCUUUGGUUGGGCAAGCACAGUGAUUGUGAUAGGUUGUGCGUUCUUUUUCUGCUGUCUUCCCAACUGGGAAGAUGAAGUCCUCGGUAACAUAAAACCCUAUAGACAUGAUGGCAUUUAAUCUGUUUGAUGUGGACUUAAUAAAAGAUACUUUUAGUAAAUAAAGCAAUAUGUGUUUGUUUGAAUAACAGUUUAUUUUUAGCCGUUCCUGUUUUCAGACUUAUUAUAUUAAAAAAAAAGAAAUUGCAUUCUGAAGUUUGAUAACUAAUAACAAUUCUGUUCAGGAAUUAAUUGCUUUUUGUAAAGGACAGAAACUUUGGUGAGGUGAUUUAUUCCAAGAUAAUAUUUUAUUGAGUAAAUAUAUAAGGGAUUUUUUAACAGUCAGACAAUUUUAAGUUUUUGUUUUUAGCCUGUGGUUCAAAAUCUUUAUCCAAAUAUGUAUUAGUAAAAAUGUUUGAAAAUGUAGUUAUUUAUACAUUCGGUACGCAAUCUUCUAAGCAUUAGACUCUGUUAAUAUUUUUUUACUGGCAUUUCUGCUAUAGCAAUGCUUCAUAGCUUCCUUCAUACUAAAUGAUUGAACACCAUAGUAUUUUGUGUGUGCAGGUUUCCCGUGUUAAAAAAUUUGUUGGAUGCUUCUAGACAAGGUUAAGAAUAUGAUAAAUUUGCUCCAUUCUGAUAAUUAGUGCAGAAUACUUAGAUAGCUAUUUUGUGUUUCUUCUGGUCUCCCACCCCCAUUAAAGAAAUCUCUUGAGAGAGAGGCAUAAAUGCCAUUGGUGGUAAUGCCCACGAUCUUCCAUCUGAAUUUACCUGCAUACUUCUUAACAUUUAUAUAUUGAAUGUGUCUCAUAGAUUGAAAUUGGGGAGAAGGUAAAAUUGAGUUUCACUUUUCAGUUUUCUUUCUCCUCAAUAUGUGAUAGUACAACUUUAUUCUCAGUAUAUGGAUUUAAAGCAAAAGCAAAAAAAAAACAGCCCCAAACCCAAAUAGUUAUUAGAUGGCAAACCUAUUAGGCAACAAACAAAGCUGAUUUAUUGGAUAGUUGCAGUUGGAAAGUGCUUCUCUGCUGCUGAUCUUCUCAUCCCAUUUUAUCAUGACAAUACUCCAUAUACAUAUUUAGGAUUCAGAUGGCAUUGAAUGUAAGGUUGAUUUUUCAAGACACUUAAACUUUAGUUACUACUCCCAAGUAACUAAUGCAGGAUUAGUUACUUGGGAGUAGAAUAAUAAUGUAGGCUUGACUUUCCAAAUUUAAGCAUAUAUACAGUGUAGCUCACAGAUAGGCAGUGUGAUGUCUAUGUGUAUAGAGAACCUUAGGACAACCCCAGUGGGGCUAGUUAGGCUUCUGCAGCAUUGGACUUUAUUUUUUAAUUAAAAUAUAUGGAAUGCUUGCAUGCUGCAAAACCAAAAUGCCAGUCCGUGACAUAUUUAUUUACAAGAGUACCUAUGGAUCUCAUGUAGAACCCCCAGAGUGUUCCAGAAUAAAAGUGGAACUUGGGUGUAAGCCUAGCAAGAGAAAGACAAUGAAAAAUUGCAGCAGUGCAAAGCAUUGGUGGACUGGGUUAGGGCAGAAUUCCACAAACGUUUGGGCACCAGGGAUCGGUUACGUGGAGAGAGGUUUUUCUGUGGAUUGGGAGGAGGCAUUUUGUGUGUUGCCAGCAUCCUGUGGAUGGGACUUUGCUUGUUUGUGUGGACUGGUUGCUGGUAUGCCACAGCCCGGUACUGGUCCACGGACCAGGAGUUGGGAAUCCCUGGGUUAGCGGGAAUAAUGUCACAUUGCCUUUUUAAAAGAAUUUGUGUGAGUUGUUGCCUAGUUGCCAACACACACUGUCGUAGCCAUUGUGUAAACAGAUAUACCUUUGGCAAUCAGAAUGUCCAGAUUCCUACAGUACACAUUCAGAAUUCCAACCCUAUGGAUGUUUAGUCAGCAACAGAACACAGAGUUCAGUCAGUUUAAUCUUAAAUAAACAGAGAAGAUUGCAGAGAAUUUAAUAUCAUUAAUCUCAAUAGGAAAAUUAAAUGAUCACCGAAAAUAUUGGGUAGAAUCUGUGACUGCAAUAUGUGAAAACUUUAAUUUACCUUAAGAUAUUUUAACAUCAUUAAAUCCAUGGUUAACCUGACAGCCCUCUGAAUGUAUGUUACUAAAAAAAAGAUUAUAUACCAUAUCUUUUGUACCUUUUGGUAGAAGCUUAUUUUGUAUUUGUGGAAAUAUUAUAUAUUGUAAUGUAUCAUUUCAGACAUGACUGUUUUUGUAUGUUUACAAUUAUUCUCAAAAGCCAUCUGCCCACUAUUGCAUGCGUUAAUUAAUAAAAGUUGCUUAAGGUACAGAAAAAUUCUAAUAUGAAUCCACAUUGUUUAAAAUGUUGUAUUUUAUAGUAUGCUGGAUUGUGAUAGAACAUAUCUCUUACAAAAUAUUGUUUAUGUGUUCUGUAAAUAUUGUAAUCUAAAUUGAAAACAGAAAGCUUCCAUCCACUUUUAUGGAAUAUGCUCAUUGCCUUUAAUAGAAUUUGCUUUUUCUGGAUAAAUAAAAGUAGUACCGUUUUGAUAACAAUGA